AUGCCGGUUCUUCAAAAACGCAUGAAUAAGGACACCUUUGGGGAGGUUCUUGCAAGAGUCUCCGCGAGACUAACAGGUUGGAAAAGCUGUGUCUUGAGCAUGGCGGGACGUUUAACUCUGACGAAGGCAGUGCUGUCAUCUAUACCGGUUCACUCGAUGAGCUCUGUUAUGCUCCCCAAGUCUACGCUCUCAGGUUUGGAUAAGAUUUCUAGAUCUUUCAUGUGGGGGAGUAGCGUGGAGAAGAGGAAGCCCCAUCUUUUAUCUUGGAAGAGAGUUUGUCGUCCAAAAAGGGAGGGUGGUUUAGGAAUUCGUUGUUCGAAGGACAUGAUUCUGGCCUUAGUGGCCAAAGUUGGCUGGCGGUUUCUACAAGAUGAUCACUCCUUAUGGGCUCGGGUCGUGAGAAAGAAGUACAAAGUGGGGGACUUUCAUGAGCAGAGUUGGCUGAUACCAAAGAGCACCUGGUCAGUGCUUUGGAGGGGUGUAGUGAGGGGUCUGAAGGAAGUCAUAUGGCCGGGUCAUCGUUGGGUGGUCGGGGAUGGAAGCAAGAUCAAAUUUUGGUUGGACACUUGGCUCACGGACAAACCGCUUAAGCAUCUGGCUAUAGAGGAGAUCCCGGUGGUCCUGGAUCAGGUAACAGGUGCUAGUGAUCGGAUUUCUUGGAAGGGAAGUGCUAGUGGCGAAUUCUCGGUGUCGUCGGCUUAUGCGCUAAUCACCAGAGAUGAGCUUCCCCAGCAAGACAUGGCCUCGUUUUUUUAUCGAGUAUGGCAGGUUGCGGCACCGGAACGGGUACGUCUAUUUCUCUGGCUUACUAGUCACCAGGUUCUGAUGACGAAUGUUGAGAGAAAAAGACGACAUCUUAGUGACUCGGAGAUUUGUACGGUUUGCAAGGGGGGUUUUGAAACUAUUCUCCAUGUUCUUAGGGACUGCCCGGCGAUGGCGAGUAUCUGGGAGAGGAUUGUGCCACGCCGUAAGAGACAGGACUUCUUCCAGUCAUCUCUGUUGGUGUGGCUCUACGAAAACCUUCAAUCCGGAGUGACUGUGGAUAAUAUUCCCUGGUCUACAUCGUUUGCAAUGGCUGUAUGGUGGGGUUGGAAGUGGAGGUGCGGCAAUGUGUUUGGAGAGAACCAGAGAUGCAGAGAUCGGGUUCAGUUUGUUAGAGAGCUUGUGGCGGAGGUAUGGAAGGCUAACAAGAUAACCAGAGGUAACACGGGACCUAAGCUGCGGACGGAGAGGCAGAUCGGUUGGGAGGCUCCUGCUGCUCAUUGGUUCAAACUAAAUACGAACGGAGCGUCACAUGGGAACCCUGGUUUAGCCACGGCUGGAGGAGUGCUUCGAGAUGGGAAUGGACGGUGGUGCAGUGGUUUUUCUCUGAAUAUUGGGAGAUGCUCUGCUCCACUUGCGGAAUUGUGGGGUGCUUAUUAUGGUUUAGUUAUGGCGUGGGAGAAGAAGAUCCUGAGGUUGGUUCUAGAGGUGGACUCGGAGUUGGUGGUGGGUUUUCUGGUGAGAGGGAUUCAAGACUCGCAUCCCUUAUCCUUCCUGGUACUGCUGUGUCAUGGCUUUCUAUCAAAGGACUGGUCUGUCCGUGUUACUCAUGUGUUCUGUGAAGCUAAUCGCCUUGCAGACGGUUUGGCAACUUAUGCGUUUUCCUUGCCUUUAGGUUUUCAUCUACUUGAUGUUGUUCCCCCAUCUUUGGAGUUGGUCCGAUGGGAAGAUGAGAUUGGGAUUACACGUCCUAGAGAUGUAGUAUUGUAG